UAAUCAGACUCCAGGAGUUAAUUAUGGCUCCAUCCAGGUAUAACAUCAGGCUGAAGAUCCGACAGCUUCCUCUGGACACCACGGACACCAGACCUCUGCUCAAAGAGAUGAAAAGGAGCAGAGAGUUUCGCAUUAUCUUCGACUGCAGCCACAUAAUGGCUGCCCAGAUCCUCAAACAAGCCCAGAUGAUGGGGAUGAUGACAGAGUACUAUCACUACAUCUUCACCACUUUGGAUCUCAUGGCCAUAAACCUAGAGCCGUACCGCUUCUGCGGUGUAAAUAUGACUGGCUUCCGCAUCCUAAACGUGGACAAUCCUCAGGUUGCCUCCAUUGUGGAGAAGUGGUCCCUUGAGAGGCAGAUUCCCCCAAAACCUGACUCCGGUAUCCUGGAAGGGAUCAUGACGACAGAUGCUGCUCUGACGUACGACGCAGUCCACAUCGUGUCGGUUUCUUACCAGCAUGCGCCGCAGAUGACUGUCAACUCAUUGCAGUGUCAUCGCCACAAACCCUGGAGGUUCGGAGGACGCUUCAUGAGUUUCAUUAAAGAG